CACAGGGGGUUUCUCCCAGCCCGUGCCCCCGGCCUCGCACCCACCUGUCCCUGGGGUCGAUCCAGCUGGUCUGCUUGGUGUUGUGGUCGAUGUAGAAGACUUUGCCGUCGUAAUCCCUCGCCUCCUCCCAGCCAUCGGAAACACCAGCAGAGAAUAUGUAUGUACUGUGUACCGUGUUCCCAGCCGGAAAAGCAGCCACCUACGUUGCAUUAAGUAUAGAAAGCAGUUUUGGCAAUGAAGGAUCCUGCAGAAAACGAGAGGAUUAUUUGGAAUGGCCUGAAUAUUUUAUGGCCGUAGCAUUUUUGUCAGCACAAAGAAGCAAGGAUCCAAGUUCUCAGGUUGGUGCCUGCAUUGUAAAUUCAGAAAACAAGAUUGUUGGAAUUGGAUACAAUGGGAUGCCAAAUGGCUGCAGCGAUGAUGUACUACCUUGGACGAGAACAGCAGCACAUAGACUAGACACAAAAUAUCCUUAUGUAUGCCAUGCUGAAUUGAAUGCCAUCAUGAACAAAAACUCAGCUGAUGUGAAAGGCUGCAGCAUGUAUGUUGCCUUAUUUCCAUGUAAUGAAUGUGCAAAGCUCAUCAUCCAGGCAGGCAUAAAGGAAAUCAUUUUUAUGUCUGACAAGUAUCACGACACUACUGAAAUGACAGCAGCACGGCGGAUGUUUGAUUUAGCUGGUAUUGUAUACAGGGAAUUCAAGCCAAAAUGUAACAAGAUCAUCAUCGACUUUGAUUCAAUUAACAGCAGACCAAGUCAAAAGCUUCUGUGAAUUAAGUCUCAUUAAAUCUCCAGAAGACUGUGAUUAUCCUUUUCUAAAAAGCUGCUAAUGCCUUUCAUCUUGAAGUUACUUGCAACUUUUUAAUGAUUUCUAUAGCUAAAGUAGACUUCUAAGAAAUGUAAGGCAUAAAAUGUUCCCCUUACUUCAUCUUGUCACGUGGAAUCUAAAUCUACUUAAAAAAUUUUAAUGGCUUUAUCAAAUCUGCUUUAAAAGUCUAGAGACAUGUAGUUAAGACAAUAUAAUGUAUGUAAAGAAAACUGUUCUGAUUCUUGCUGUAUUCAUCACCACAUGCUCUGAUAGGCUGUCAGCAUUCAUUUAGACUCAGUUUAACAGUAGUUCUUAUUGUAACUAGGGGUACAUUGGAAUAUGCUAACAUAUGUUGAUCUCUCUAUUGGGUAUGUGGGUCUAAAUAAUUGAUUCUAAUAGGUAACAAAAAAUGUUAUCCAUGCAAAUACUAAUCUUCCAACUAGCAUAACACUAGUAUUUUAAAAGGCUAUACAGAUUAAAGAAUGUGUGAUCUUCUACAUGCAUUAUCCAACAAUUGGAAUAUUGAUUUUUCUUUUAAUUGUUAUCUAACAAUGUUAUAUUUGAGGAGAGGUGAGAGAGGAAGUUGUUCUGAGAAUGGUCCUUGCUGGAGCAAGCUUCAGAGCCCUUUCAAUUCCUUAUUUUUCCCAAGACUCUAGAAAUGUGAGGGUUAGAGGGAGUAAGUCAUUUGUCUCUUACCUUUGGGACUCUUAUUUGGAGUUGGUUUUCAUGUAUAGAAGGAAAUUAGUUUAUUGGUCUAAGUUGUUUCUAGACAAUCCAACAUAGUUCAAUCUUAAAAUUAACCUGUAAGGUAACUGAAUCAUUUUUUGUCCUUUGAGAGAAAUUGGAGAUAUUCAAGCCGUAUCCACAUCUGUGCCAAAAGAGGUAAUUACGGUGUUAGCUUGUUUCCCAGUGCUGGCGUAGUACCUUCAUUUUCAUAAAUGUUGCCUAAAAUAAUGUCCUUUUUAAUUUUAUCUUGAGAUCUGGGAAUAGAUUUGAGUUCCUUUUCUCUAAUUUGAUUUUUUAAAAUUAAAUAUGCCUAAUGGCUUUGUUUAGAUAACAUUGUUGUUGGUGGGUUGUUUUUUUGUUUUACCUUUUUUUUUUUUUUUUUAAAUGUGGUUAUACUUCAUUGAGCUUUUAUUUUCUCUGUAAAAGCUUUGUUUCAUAUUUUGGGACAUUAUGUAAUUUGGCUUCAUACCAGUAUUAUUAAAGUCUUAUUAAAAUCCACUA